UUGCCGUCCUGGUGGGGGAUUGGCGCGGGUGUUCCAUCAGGCGACAGCCCGCUUAUCAUUGGCCUUGAAAAUGGAGAUGUCGGCCGAGCUCGACCAGGUGUGGUGAGUGUGUUGGUUCCACGCAGCAGCGAAAAUUUGGCGUCAUUGGAUGUGGAUUGGCUCAACGGCCACAGGGGGCCGGUGCAGAACGUUGACACAUCACCUUUUUUCCACAACUUGUGCCUUACGUGCUCCUCCGAUGGCAGCGUCCAUUUUUACAACGCGUUGGAGCGUUCUCCGCUGGCGACGCUGGAGCCCUCGGCGGAGACGAAACACUUUCUGUACGCGGCACAAUUUAGCCCCUUCCGCCCCAGCGUUCUUGCGGUGGUGUCGCGGAGCUCGUUUCUGCACAUUUAUGAUCUUCAAAAGUCGCAGUUGAAACCUAUUGCUUCAAUAGAAGCCGGUGUUGAUGGCGCGCCGGUGUUAUGCUCGGCAUUCAAUCACGUCUCGCCUGAGUGGCUGGCUACUGGAGAUGCACGGGGUUGUGUGCGUCUUUGGCGACUGCCAUCUACCCUCAUUCAGACGACCGACCUGGAGCGUGCGGCCGUUCGUGGCAGCCACGGCCGGGAAAGUGGAGAGAAUGUGGUGCGCUCGCUGUGGGGUUUUGCGCCGUAA